CUGACCUCUGACUGCUACUGCUACCACAAUAUGAUGGCGGAUGUUGAUGACUAAAGUGAGGAAGUGGAGAAAAGCCUGGUUUUAUUGAUUUUGUGAAUUCAAUCUUGUGCGGAGUUGUAAGCAGAACUUUUCUUUUGGAUUUAUGCGGCCGAAAGUGUGAAUUUGCUUUGCUUUAUGCAUGGUGAAAGUGAAAAAAAAUCACCAUGAGUAGUCUUCGGAAUCCUGGUGUGGAUAAAAAGGAUAAGGAUAAGGACAAAAAUCGCAACAGUUUCUUUGACAAAGUUGGAGCCCCAUUCAAGAGUAAGACAAAACACAAGAGCACAUCGUCAGCUCCGUCCAAGGGCUAUUCUUACGAUGACCAUGGCUUCAAUGGCGGUGACCCGUUCACUGACUCAGUGGAUGUCACCUCCAUGGCCGACUUCGAGAUCAAUGAAAGAUUUGAGCAGCUACUGGAUGACAUGAACCUGACUGAGGAGAAGAAGGCGCCGCUGAGGAACAAGAAUGUCCAGGCCCGGAGACAGAUGCUGGAGCUGCACAUGCGCGGUGCCGUCAAGGUAAGAGUGAAAGGCCUACAGGUUUGCUAGUACAUUUAUACUGCUCCUGGGUUGUUGUUGGGAAGUCUGUGGAGGUAGAG